AUGGGAGACGCUCAGUCUGCGCCGGAGGGAGGCAGCGACGCAGCGGAGGAGGACGGAAAGGUGCACGAGCAGUUCGAGGAGGGCCAGUCUCUCAAAAACAAAGACCCGAUCUUUGAGGUCAAUGUAGAAGCAGACAGCUUCAAACCAGAAGUCACAGGUCACCGGGAGGAGGAGAUCGAUGCAGAGGAUGUGCCCAACGAUACUGACAAAGAGGAGCCAAACAGACCAGAAGACGUUGAGGAUGCCACGAAGGAAACCACGCGUGAGAACGCCGAACAGUACAACGACGCAAACGUAGCGCAGGAGACGUACGAUAACGAUUCAACCACGUGUCCGACCGUGACGGACAUGACAUCCGAGGAGGUUCUCGAAAAUGCAGAAGAGAAAGCGACAGAAACCGAAGCAGAGAUUGAAGAGGAAACAGUUAAUGAGCAAAACAAGGUGCGCCUUCAAAAAGUCAUUCAACAUGUAAAGGAACACUUACCAGAGGCAGGAGCUGAAUCUCUGGCCGUCAACUUGGGACAAGAAGGUAUUGUUCAGCCAGAUGUUGCGACACAAGAGAGCGAGAUGAUCCACACAAGUGAGGUGGAGGAUCAGAAAGAGCCGGCUGAAGGUGAUGCAUCGGUCCUGGAAAGACGAGACGAAAUGUCUCCGGUAUUCGGGGACAUUGCGGCAACCGGAAAGCAAGCGACCGAGGAUCUCAUGCACGAGAGUGAUACUACACCACAUUCAGGCAUCACUAUCCACGAUGGAAAAGACAACGCUAUCGAACCUCUGAUUGUACCGCCUGCUAACGCUGGAUUAGUAGAACCCCAAAACACCGGAGUCCUCUUGUCGACUGAUAACACAGAGUCCCCUUCGAGUCUUUCCAUUGAAUUCAAACUCAACAUACAGUUGGGGCGAGCAGAUGAAGCAGCUACCCCACCGCCAACGACAGAGAGGUCUGAACCGGCGGCGAAGACGGACGUGCCUGAGGUCGCCGUUCAGGCCACGGCGAGCACGGAGCGAGCGGCCGACUCAGAUUCAACGGAGAGAGCCGUGAUUACAACUCCACCCGUACUGCUGGAUAUCUGCAUUCAGGCGACGGGACCACAAUUCAAAGCGGGAGAGAGAGUGACGACCUCCAGGGACCGGGCAACGGAAACAACGCAAAUGGAGAAAGGCAACCGAGACACUCAAAAAGAAGAGGAGCCCGCCAAGCCAAAAGAGGACCAGGAUGUGUGGAUGGAUGCGGAGGAAGAAGUCGACGCUCAAGAGAAACGUCCCGGACUUCGGUCGGAGAGCGAGCGAGAGGGAACGGAGGCGGGACUCGAACAGGAAGUGGAAGUGGCUCCCGGUUCCGAGGAAGAAGAAAGGCAACGGGAAAUGCCCAAAACAGUAAAAAGACGUGAGACUGACAGUGAAGGUGAAGAUUUUGACAUCGCACUCAAGCAUCCUGAUACUGCGAGUGUCGCAACGAUGGAGAGAAAUUAAUUCAGCUCAACUUCAGAGUCACUCACCGGUUGGACAAUCAAAAUGGAAAUCAAUCAAGUCUGUAAGAGGUUUUCAAAAAUCCAUUAAAGUGGUAGAAGAACAUUACAGGAAACUUUUAUUAGACAUUAUGUUCUACUUAUUAUUAUUAUCAUCAUAAUAAGUGUGAUUAAUGAGAGAAAUCUAUGCAGUGUGAUGAAAGAGGUUUGACAAUUAACAUUAUUUAAUGACAUUGUUCAAUAAUUCUCAUGAGUUGUUUCUAUAUAGUGGACUUUUCCAAUCAUGUCAUGUCUUUUCAAAUAUAAAUAAUGUUUUAGCAAAGAUCUCUCGAUCUAUUUUUAGAUUAAUAUGUAUGGCUAAUAGAGUAUGAGACAGAUUUUUUGUUAGCAUUUAUGUAAGUAUUAAGAAAUAUACAUUAAUGUUUAUGACUAUCCACUGUAUCACAUCUGUGGUUAUAAAGUGUUCUGUCAUUCUG